AUGAUUGUCCCAAAAAUACUAAUAACAUUAUGGAUCAUAAAAAUGGUCUCAGCCAUAGGAAUGUUCAUCGAACCAAUUCAAAGGAGUGAUAAAUCCAAGUAUUCAAGUUUAAAGAAUUUAAAACAUUGUUUAAGUUAUGCCACUACCAACGACGAAUUGAUCCUAAUAAAAGUAAGACCUGGUGAAAAAUUACCAUCCCAAGCAUUAAAUCUUAAAAUAUUCGAUAGUGAAGAUAAUGUUUUAAGAAUUCAAAAUGAUAUUUCACAAGAAGUUUCAUUAAUUUUAAAGAAUUUAAACAGUCCCUUAGAACCAAAGCAGUCCAGAUCAAAUAUAAUUGACAGGCUAUCAAAUUUUGGAUCAAAAGACCCAGAAAAAUUACAUGCUUUGUUGGAAAGUGGGAAAGGUAAAAACUUAAUUUAUGUUUGUUUUGACAACAUCUAUAGUGAUAAGUCUUGGUCCUUCUCUCCUAAGACUUAUGAAAUCUUGGUUGAUGUUAAUUUAAGAGAUGUUUCAACUAUGAAAAAUACUGACUAUAAUUUGUAUUCCAAAUAUUUCGAUAAAUUCAUUUCUGGUGAAGACCAUCAUAUCAAGGAUAUGAAUGAAGAAGAUUUCAAUAAUGAAAUUAAUGUUGUAGAGAAUGAAUUGAAUAAUGUAGUGGAAAAUCUUCAAAAUUCAGAGUUAUUGUUGAAGAAUAUCUUACAACAAGAAUCAAAAUUAAGAGAUGCCAAUGAAGAAAUCUAUAGUGCUUAUACUAUAUCUUCAAUUAUCAUUUUAAUAGUCAUAGGUUUAUUUGGAGUGUCCCAUACAUGGUACUUAAGAUAUUACUUAAAGAGAAAACUUCAAUAA